ACAAGUUGAAGUUUCAUUUUCAAAUUCUACAUUCUGUCACGCCUUUUUAAAGUACUUAGUAUUAUUCUUUAAAUAAAGUUUUGCUUUAUAAAGCCACUUAUCAGAACCUUUUUCAAUAGUUCAAAAUAUAUUUUAAGUAUGAAUCCUAAAAGCCCAGAAGCAAGAUGUCGUGACGACAAACCUUUCGAGGGACUAAAGAUGUCGAAUUCAGAUAUAUUAGACAGUUUAAACAGUCGUAGUCCUUGCCCACGUUGUGGAAAGUCUCGAAUGUAUUUUUGCUAUACAUGUUAUAUCCCAGUGUCUCACUUAGAAGGGCGGAUUCCCAGAUGUACAUUACCAAUAAAAGUUGACAUAAUUAAACACAAGCGUGAAAUUGAUGGUAAAAGUACUUCAGCUCAUGCCGCAGUGUUGGCUCCUGGUGAUGUGAAUAUUUAUACCUAUCCUGAAAUUCCUGAAUAUGCUUUAGAUGGAAGAACAGUCUUAUUAUAUCCAGGAACAGAAGCUUGUUCUGUUAAAGAGUUGUUUACGGGUAAAAGCAAUUCCAAUUCUUACAUUGACCGUGUAUUAGCUCAAUUACCUUCAGGAUACAAUGUGGGUACCUUAAUGACUAAAGUAUUCAAUAGUGAUAAUAACAUCAAUGAAAUAUAUCACACUGAAAAAUUUCCAAUCGAUAGACUAAUAUUAAUUGAUAGUACUUGGAAUCAGAGUCGAGGAAUAUUUGCCGACAAAAGACUACACAAAAUUCCUAAAAUCGUUUUACAAAAUAGAAUAUCUCAAUUUUGGCGGCACCAAAAAGGUAGCCCCAGGUGGUAUCUGUCAACUGUGGAAGCAUUGCAUCAAUUACUGUUAGAAUUACAUAUCUGUGCUUGGGGACGAAGUAAACACUAUGAGAAUGAACUCGCUAAACAUUAUCCCAUUCAUAAAGAAGAAAAUCAUACAUUUUGCAAACCAUAUGAUGGUCAGUAUGACAAUCUUCUGUAUUUUUUUAAAUACAUGUAUGAAAAAUUACAUACACUUUAUAAACAUGAUGACUUAUUAGCUUACAAAAGGCCAAUGGAAGUAUAAAAACUUAAGUAUACAUUGAAUACUGUGAUUGUUGUAUGUAAAUCUUUUAUGAAUAUUUUGUUUUCAUUUUAUUUAAAAAUAUAUUAAUAAAUAAAUAAA